AUGGGCAAUCGAGUUUAUGACCCUAUUCACGACGUUUUCCAGGUGCAAGAUCCUGAAGAGACGAAUGGGUCUCAACGAAGCAAUUACCAAGUAGAAGAUUCGCACGAAGUUCAGUCGUCGAUACCGGCAACGAUGGACGACGACGACGGGGAAUCUACGCAAAGCGAGGAUAACUCUGUUCCUGCUCAACAUGAAGGAGUUUCAAAGAAGAGAUUGAAGGAGCCUAGCAAAUAUGUGCGGCACUUGAAGAAGCCCGAUGGAGAGUUUUUCAACCGCAAAGAUAUCCAGUUUCAAUUUUUGCAUGAUCUGUUCUCAGAUCAAAAGCAGCUCUUUACCAACACAUUCAAGUCUACGUUCAACAUCACUCCUGCCGAGAAUUCUGAAGCGCUGAAUGUCACAGACGAGUCGUACGUGGCACGCAAGUUCAUAAGCAAUGACAAACUGACAUUCUCGGAAUACUACCUUUUGACAAUUGCGUCGUCGACCAAAUGUUCCAAGAUACUGAGAGACAAACUUUUAUUUGACCGCAACGUAGCGUUUUCCACUUGUGUUUUAUCGCUUCUGGUGAACACAGGACGUCUCAAUACGACCAUCAACUUUUUUCUAGAGAUGACUUCACAGUUAAGAACGUUUCAUUCAAUUCCGUGUCUUCAAAGAGAUACGCGGGAUCCGAAAUCGUUGCAGGACACGCCCCGCUUGAAGUCAAUUUUGAAGAACUUGCCUCAGGGCAAUGAGAACGUGUCCCUCACGCAGUUUUACGAAACACGUACGCCCGGUGAAAAGUUGGACUGCAACCCGGUGAACCUAAUUUUCAAUUUGUGCGACAACGUUACGCUUAUAAAUUUGAAACUGAUUAAUGAGUAUGUGAGCAGUAAGUCGCAACUGAGUUUUUUCGACAUUUUGGACAAUCCAAACUAUGAUCCAAUGCAACGUGCACAGAUAUUUCUGUGGAUACUUUACAUACAUCUGGAAACAGACAUGACAGAACCAGCGAUACAGGAAUCUCUGAGGAUAUUUGGAGUUCACGACAGAUUUGAGCUGGACAUGAGCUUAGACCAGUACGAUGUAGAUACACCAGAAGAAGUCCGAUUUGGCGAAGAGCAACGCGAGAAGCGGCUAGAGUUUUUGAAGAAGAACAACCGAUUGCCACACGAUGCGGCAAACCAGAACGAGGCGCAUAGGACGUCGAUGGAGCAAACGAAAGUUGAAGACACACCUAUGGAGGAGUCACAACCACCGGACACUGAGAAACCGGGCCCCAAGCGUAAAAAACGCAAGAUGGUCGCAACGGUGGUCUCGACGCCUACGCCUCGAGAUGAGUCCGUUGACGAAAAGCGACGCGAUGAGGUGAAUGAGCUGAUUGAGCAGGACCGGCUGGAAGAAGUGGCCAGUGACCUGACGCAAGAGCAACUCUUGAAGGAUCUACAAAGUGCGCAGUUGUCGGCGCGACACAAGCGCGAGGAGUUGGGGCUGGUGAAGCUGUUCAACGAGUUUGAAGACGUGACGAUGGCCACUGUGAUUGGGGUGCGAGGCAAGAAGCGUAAGAAGUUUUCCGACGGGGUGCUGGGGUUCGAGACAGAUUUCAUCCGCACGCUCAACGGCGCCAAGCAGGUGAUGCUAAUGAACAGACGAGAUGUGGAGGAGGACUUGUUUAGAUUCGAGUAA